UCCCACUCCUCCGCUGCUGUGUGAUACUGUGAGCAAACAUGGCGGUCCUACCAGCAAGCGUGUCCACGCCUCUGCUGGGCCUCGGGGUUCUGCUGGCGCUGGUGGUGCUCACCUACAAGCAGCUGAGCAGCUACUUGCGCACAUGGAUCCAGAUGAAGCCCAUCCCGGAGGUGGGGGGCACAUACCCGUUCGUCGGCAACGCUCUGCAGUUCAAGACCAACGCGGGAGAUUUCUUCCGGCAAAUUCAAGAAUACACACAAGAUUUCUGGAAUGCACCGCUGAUUAAACUCUGGGUUGGGACCGUGCCCUUUGUGGUUCUGUUCCAUGCUGAGACGGUGGAGCCGGUGGUGGCCAAUCCCGUUCACAUGGACAAAUCCUAUUCAUACAGCUUCCUCCAUCCUUGGCUGGGAACUGGUCUGCUCACCAGCACGGGUCCAAAGUGGCGCGAGCGCCGCAAGAUGCUGACGCCCACGUUCCACUUCACCAUCCUGCAGGACUUCCUGGAAGUCAUGAACGAGCAAGCCGAGGUCCUGGUGAGCAAGCUGGCCUCGCAGGCGGGGCGAGGCCCCUUCAACUGCUUCAGCCACGUGACGCUUUGCGCCCUGGACAUCAUCUGCGAAACGGCAAUGGGGAGGAAAAUUUACGCCCAGAGCAAUUGUGAGUCCGAGUAUGUCAAGAGUGUGUACAAAAUGAGUGACAUCAUCAGUCGCAGACAGAGGUCGCCCUGGUUUUGGCCCACCUUUUUCUACAAAUAUUUUGGCGAGGGCAAAGUGCAUGACAGAACGCUCAAAACUCUACACUCCUUCACCUAUGAGGUGAUUCGAGAAAGAGCAGAGGGGCUGAAGUACGACAAUGACAGCGAGGGCGACAAAUCCGGGCCUGGGACGAGGAAAAGACGGGCGUUUUUGGACAUGCUCCUGCAGACCAAAGACGAGGACGGCAACUCGAUGAGUCAUCAGGACAUUCAGGAGGAAGUGGACACCUUCAUGUUUAGGGGUCACGAUACAACAGCAGCCGCCAUGAACUGGGCCCUCCAUCUGCUGGGCUCUCACCCUGACGUGCACAGCAAAGUUCAAGAAGAGCUUCAGGAAGUGUUUGGUACGUCGCAGCGAGCCGCCAACAUGGAGGACCUGAAGCAGCUGAAGUACUUGGAGUGUGUGGUCAAGGAAUCCCUCAGGCUCUUUCCCUCAGUUCCCUUCUUUGCUCGCUGCCUCUGUGAAGACGCCACCAUCAACGGUUUCUACGUGCCCAAAGGUGCCAACGCCCUCAUCAUUACCUACGCUCUGCACCGAGACCCGAGACACUUCCCUGAACCCGAGGAGUUCCGUCCUGAGCGUUUCCUGCCUGAAAAUUGCGCAGGCAGGCCUCCUUACGCGUACAUCCCCUUCUCUGCGGGGAUCCGCAACUGUAUCGGUCAGCGUUUUGCACUGAUGGAAGAGAAGGUGGUUCUGUCCUCUGUCCUGCGCAAGUUCAACGUCAAAGCGUGCCAGCAGCGUGAGGAGCUGAGGCCGACGGGCGAGCUCAUACUGCGACCAGAGAGCGGCAUCUGGAUCGAACUGGAAAAAAGGAUUUCGCCUUAGCUGACUCUCAUUAGAGUUUCUUUUUGCUGAAGGAAUCCUUGCCUCGUCCACCACAACACCAGCAGCGGCUAGCCCCGGUUUUGUACGUUGUUCUUCACCAGUGACCAAAUGCGCUGAAAAGUUCAUGUUAGGGGAAAGUCACAGAUGUAUUCUACCUCGCUUUUUCUAAUGAAUUCAUUACAAAAGUUCAGACGAAAACUGGAGGAGAUAAAUAAUGUAAAUGCAACGACUCCAUUUCAGACGGCCCAAAAUAUUAACAAAAAAAAAGUGUAAUUAUUUGCAUUAUUUAGGUUUGUUGUCAGCUAGUGAUAGCAAUUUGGCAAAGUUUAGCUAUUCAUCACGUUGACUGUGUAGCCUAUCGCACCAUCAUGAAUGUAAAUUGUUGGCCGCCUCUCUGAGACUGCUUGUGUGUGUGUGUGUGUGUGUGUACGCACUACGAUACGCACGUUAUCAGCAGACAGUCGUGAAUGACAGGUCAUCCUAUUCGGGCCCAACAAUUUUUAUGUAUUUUACCUCAUAAUUGUGAAAAAUAGACAUUUUUUUUGCAAUCGUUUUUUAGGCCAGCAACGCUAACGCUAACAUAUGCUAACCGGUGGUGGAGUUGUUCUAUUUUUUGGCUGAAAAAGAUGUCAUCUUGAUCCACUUGCACACAUCCCUUUAUGAAUGAAAAGGAUGCAUGUCCAAAUGUGGGCUCUGUUCUUUAAAUCCAAAGCAAAAUGUCAUUAUGUGUUUUUGUGCACGGGACAGCUACCAGUGAUUGUAAACUAUCUCACCAUUUCACUCUUUAGUGGCGUUCAUUACGUGUUUAUGACUGCACAUCAAACGGGAGCAAUGAAUCCCAAAAUGGAUGCUUGAAAUGACGUGCAUGAACCUUCACGGUCAGUCCAAAUGCAUGACACAAGUUACACAAAGAUAAGCCUUUUUUUAAAUUUAAGUAUAAAUAUAUUUCAAAAUAUGUCACUGGAAUCUUUUUUCUAACAUAAAAAUUGGGACUCUCUAACCCGCCUGGUUCAGCCAACCCCCGUUCCGCCAGGGCUCGGCCCAAGGUCCGCAGACUGAGAGCAGAGAGUGCUAGCGACGGAGCUAAAUCUCAAUGUCCAGCACGAGGUUUGCCGACGUACAUCAGCGACAAAUGCUCACGCAGAGAUCAAAAGGAGCACAUCCGCCCGUGUCUUUUAUUUACUUUUACUCGCUUGUUUAAUCAAAAGCGCAGACGGCACGCGAUGACCUUUAGUCGACGGUGAGAAAGACCCCAUAGACUUGCCGGCCCCCGAAAGCGACGCGAUGACUUUUAAAGCCGAGCGUCUGCCCACAAGGGGGGGUGGCAACCUCAUUAUCCCCCUCCUUGGUCCAAUUCUAACGCUUACCAGCCUUAAUAAUAAAUAAUGCUUUUACUCGCUCAGCUUGAUGAGCUCUGCAAGAAGCCAUUAGUCAGCCGGCAAAUACACGAACUUCAGGGGGUUAAAGUGAGUGUUGCAUCCUAUUUAGGAGCAAACGCGCUACUUAGCCAGCGCUGGGUAUUUGACAUUGGAAUGCUAGCUUAGCCUGUUUGCUGAAGAAAAACAAAACAAUCAAACUGUUGUUUUUGGUAGCCAUUUUAUUUUUAACCUUAACCUUAGUCUUUUGGCCAAAAAUGCUUCUUGUUUUA